ACGACUUACGCCGAACUCAUCCGUAACGGCACGCUGUCUAUAACAUGCACUAUAACAUGCGCGAGGAACACAAUGUUUCUACUUGGUCGAGCACGACUUGGUACGCUGAGGCAGAGCCUCAGACAGCCACCGAGACAUUGGACCGAAGAAGACGCAGAAUGGAUCGAUCGCGACGUAACCAGAGCAUUGUUACCUACUCCUCGCAGGUCAGGCCGCUAUAUUCGCAGGACGGAGGAUGCUUCUCGGUCAGUGUGUCGAUCUUACUGGUUGCCCGAGAUUCGACUUCGACCGUAUACAAUUCGCCCUUCUGCGUCGGAUACUGACUUUCUGUAUAUGACAUCUUCCCUCAUCUGUCCAUGCCCCGAACGGUUGGCUUCAUAACGGUGCACCAAUUCCUUGCAACGAGACUCGGGAUGCCAUCAAGGACGACCGGUGGCCACGCGGUACGGAACAAGAUAUCGCAUGGGCUGAGCGUUCCCACCAGUUAUGGCGCGGUGUCUUUGCACUCGUCGAUGAUCAGUUUACCCUUGCGGAUCAAGUACGGACUCGUUGUCGAGAACACCAGCUCACACAUGUCGCUCCGCUCGGCCUUCGCCAGCAAAACCCCGGUGAUCAUGUGGCCCCUCGUUAUGGGAGGUCAUCUUGAGGUUCUAAAGGUUGACCACCCAAGCUUCCUUCACAACUUUAUAGUCGCAUCUCUGAAGGCGAUAGGCUUCACGCAAGUCGUUGGGGGCCUGAUGACGUGAUGUCUGGUUGCUUCGAAAUGGGCCGUCGGACCCCGGCGCUCCGGGAGCCGAAAUGCUCGAGCUUCGGGAGUAAUGGGUCGCUCUGAGCCUGUUGAUUCUGAGAUUGCUGAUAAUAUUCUGGAUUAGAUGUGGCGACCCUUGCGAUGUUUAUUAGCGCCAAGGGGGCUACAACUCACAUAAUGUUGUUGCAGCCCAAUAAUCCUGCGAGCGUCGCCGCCCCCAAGCGAGCGCUUUCGUAUCGGCAAAACCGAACCACGCGCUACCGCAUGCACCCGCUACCUAUGACGGUAGCGUAUACUCGUCCAGCAAGUAUAUAAGCAUCGACGAGCGGCGUCCGUAGCAAGACAGGUUUCUCGUCCUAUUCAUAACGUGAAUCAUCAAGUACAUUAUGCAGGUGCUCCUCGCAUUCGUCGUCUCCGGUAUACUGGCGACUGUCGUCAAAGCAGACACAUGGGGAGCUGCCUAUUCUCUCGGGCCCACCGCCAAGACUUCGUCCAUAAUCGAAGCGAGCACAGUUCUGAUCCCUGGAACUCCCCCUCCGGAUAAUGAGGACUACCUGUUUCUUUGGCCUGGCAUCAGCAACGCCACCAGUGGCCUCAUCCAAGCCGGAGCUGACUCUGCGAAGAAUAUGCAAGCUUACUGCGGCGCGCGAAACAACCAGUGGUGUUCCGCGGCGAGCUACUUUGGAUACAUCAACGGCGUCUUGAGCCAGUGGUCAGGGCCCUAUGUCCCCGUAGAGCCCACUGAUCAGAUUCACAUUCAUUACAAGCUGCGUAGCGACAAGAUCACAUGGGACCAAACCGUGACUAUCAACGGCACAGUGACAUCGACCCAAGUGAGCUACGAUGGUCCAUUGAUCCAGGGAGGAUGGGGAACCGGCACCGAAUGCCAAGAAAAGUGCACCGGCGCCCGGAGCACCCAGUACUACCUGAACACGAGUAUCGUACUCUCUGCAUCCGACUACACCUUCCCCAAAACGCUUGGAAUGGGCGCCGGAGUGGUUGCCACGGAUCUAUACACUCCCGAUGGUGGCAUUACCUGGAAGGUCGACAGUAUCAGUAUUCCGCCCAUGACGAUUGACGCCAGCGGCAACCCGAUCUGAUGAUCUUGACCGGGUAUACUUUUGCGAAGGAAUCGAAUGGAUUGGACUCGUCUUUUACUCCCCUUGGAUUUCUAAUCGAAUGCAAGUGGUGUAUGUUCUGUGUAC